AGCACCUACAAUCUCGUUCUUCCGACAGAGAAAUCAUGUGGCAAUGCCGGGGAUCUACCUAACGGGGAGUUUCAGUAUGAAGGGAAUUCAUUCGUCGGGGCGAAAGUUUAUGCUAAAUGCAAAGAGGGAUACACUCUGAAAGGAUUCGACUACAUGAUAUGCAAGAAGUCUGGCUGGACCGGUGAACUCCCGUCUUGUGUAGAGGGAGAGGCCACCUGCUCCACCCCUGCAGUGGCCAACUCUGUGGACAGAACCGGAGAUGUUUCUGUAUACCGAGUGGGAGACUACGUCACCUUCACCUGCAGCCGGGGUUUCCAGCUGGAUGGAGCUCAGCAGAUCACUUGUGGACCGGGCGGCCUGUGGCAACCUCAGCCCCCUCGAUGCCUGCCUUCACCCGAUAAAGAAAGAGGAUGCGGUGUGCCAGUCACCACCCGCGACUCCAACACCAACCUCGCUGACCGGUACUUCACGAUGACCUCUUUCGCUCGUGGUGACAAAGUCCAUUACGUGUGUGACUUCGGAUACGUUGCCUCAGGCGGCAGCAGGUAUCGCAGGUGUGUCGGGGGAAAGUGGACACCGCUGCUGCUAAAAUGUGAACGAAAGUUAUGUGGCUCUGCAGGAGAGAUUCUGAACGGACUGUUUACCUAUACUGGAGUGGAGUUUGGAGACACUGCUACAGCUGUGUGCAAUGAGGGGCAUCGUCUUGUAGGACGGGCAACCAGAAACUGCCUGAAUAAAGGCUGGGACGGACGUCUUCCUGCCUGUGAAGCGGUUGUCUGUGUGGAGCCUCCAGGAGGGACGAAUGCAGAGAUGACGGGCCCUCACGAGCCAUCUUACACAUACAGGACUGAGAUUCGCUAUCAUUGUCGUGUGGGAACUCUUAUUGGACAAAGGAACAUUUGGUGCACCAAGGAUGGGACAUGGAGUGAUCCUCCUCCUACAUGCAAAGAUAUAACAUGUCCAGAUCCAAAUGUGCCAAACGCCUACUGGACGGGAGCUCAAUCCAAGCGGUAUCAAGACAGGGACACGAUAUCAAUAGAGUGCAUCCCGGGCUACACAAAGACCGGCCCGAGCACCGUUACCUGUGGUGAUGGCCGAUGGUCACCUGGCCUCCCUACAUGUACACGACGUCGUUACAACUGGAGGGGCUGAUGAGUUAGCUAAAACGUGAAACUACAGUUUUCAAUCCAACCUGGUUAAACCGUUGACCAGCAGUCAGUGGAGGAUUGAAAUGUUAGUCUCCUAAGCGUCACGUCUUCCUUCUACAAGUCCAUAAUAAUACACCAAUAGUGAUAUAUUUUCUUACUGGCUCAUAUAAGACUUGUAUAAACUCAUUAUACAGACAUUAAAAUAUGUUUGAAAUGAA